AUGCACUGGGACGACGGCGUGGUCACCGUGAUGGUACGACAGAUCCCCCGCCGCUUCACCCAGCUGAUGUUCCUGAAGGAGGUGAACUGCAGCGGCUUCGAAGGGCUCUUCGACUUCCUGUACCUCCCCUACGACCUGAAGAAGGGCAUAAACGUCGGCUACGGCUUCCUCAACUUCAUCACUCCUCACCACGCGCAGGAGUUCCGGAGGGCGUUCGACGGCUCGUUCCUGGACAAGCAGAUAAGGUGCCGCGCAAAGCCCGUGCGCGUGCACCCGGCCUCGGUGCAAGGAUACGAGGCGAACUACCGGCACUUCGUGCAGACGAAGACCGGCCAGAAGCAGGACGGACCCCCAGUUCAGUCCACUCUUCUUCCCGAAGGAGGCCGUGCCAGAGGACCUCGGGGCUGUGAGCAGCAUGCCAGCACCCCCGGUUCCGUGGUGCGGCGUGCCCGAUCAGCGCCUCCACCCGUGCCGCCUGACUACUUCGUCACUGCACCUGUGGGCCUGACGGCGGAGGACGGGGGGCGGGCGAGACCGAGCCGCGGCUCCUUCGGGCAGACCUUCCAGGCCAGAGCGCCGCGUGCGACGUCUGCGGCGCGCCACACCGAGAGCACAAUUUCUGCCCGUGCUGCGGGAAGCGGCUCACCCUUGGAGCCGGUGGCGGCGGAGGCUGACACGCGCAUCGCGGAGCUUCGGGGGCACCAACGCGGAGGCGAUGGUGAGCAGUAUCCAGUGGCGACCCACGCUCCGCCAGCUCGGGAUGCCAGAUGA